AUGCUCAAGUACUACAGUGCUCGCUCACUCUCCCGGGCAAGCUCUAAGCUCCUGCUAAGAAGGCCCAUUAAUGCUACACAACAUCGACUUGCUUCAACUACUGCUGAGCAGCCAUCCUCGGUCGAUGCUCCUGGUGCACCUCAAGCUGUACAACGCACAGCGAUGCAGAAGGUGGGCCGAGCUACAGCAACUGGUGGCUAUGCUGUCGUCGUUGCUGGCGGUAUAGCUCUCGUUGUCAUUGUCUUUUGGGCACUUGGCUCGAAUCUAUUCUUCGAGACUCGCUAUCUCAAUGAAGCAGUCGAUCUCGUCAAGGCGCACCCAGAGGUCAAGCGGCUCAUUGGCCAUGAUCUCAAUGCCUACGGGGAGCGAUCACGAAAUGGUCGACGCGGAGGACCGGUGCCAAGUCAACGCUCAGCGGAUGGCCAUCAGACAUGA